AUGGGUUUCCCCUCCGUCUGCUACACCGUCAUCCUCCCUCGCCCCGUCGCCCUCGUCGUCCACCUCCUCGACCGCAUCAAGCUUGCCGUUUCCAUGGCCCUCUUCCACCUCGGCCUCAUCUCCUCCUACGAAGACCACUUCCUCUACCCCCUGCCGCUGCCCGACUUCAACCCCCCCUCCCCCUCCUUUUCCCUUCCCCUCCCCGCCUCCGCCAUCAAGACCGGUCUUCCCGUCGUCAGGUUCUCCAACCACAGGAAGACUAGGCUCCACCGGUGCGAGCCCGUCUGCGCCGUCUGCUUGGGCGCCUUGGAGGCCCGACACGAGGUCAGGCAGCUCGGCAACUGCUCCCAUGCCUUCCACAGGGCCUGCAUAGAUAAGUGGGUGGACAUCGGGCAUGUCACCUGCCCACUGUGCAGAGCUCAGCUCCUCCCCAGUAGAAGGGAGGAGGAGUAUGGAGUGGAUGCUGAUUGA